UGAGCUUCGCCGAGUAGCUGAGGGGGCAGGGCUAGUCCUUAAAGGAGCCGCGACUUCUGAGCAGACCGUAGAGUGACCCGGAUGAUGGCGGCCGGCAUGGCCCUAGCCCUAGCCCUGUGGCUACUACUGCCGCCAGUGGGGGUAGGAGGGGCGGGACCUCCUCCGAUCCAGGAUGGCGAGUUCACGUUUCUGUUGCCCGCGGGGAGGAAGCAAUGUUUCUACCAGUCCGCGCCGGCCAACGCAAGCCUCGAGGCCGAGUACCAGGUGAUAGGAGGUGCGGGGCUGGACGUGGAUUUCACGCUGGAGAGCCCCCAGGGUGUGCUGUUGGUCAGUGAGGCCCGCAAGGCGGAUGGGGUGCACACGGUGGAGCCUACGGAGGCCGGCGACUACAGGCUGUGCUUCGACAACUCCUUCAGCACCAUCUCCGAGAAGUUGGUGUUCUUCGAGCUCAUUUUUGACAGCUUGCAAGAUGACGAAGAGGUGGAGGGCUGGGCGGAGGCCGUGGAACCCGAGGAGAUGCUGGACGUCAAAAUGGAGGACAUUAAGGAAUCCAUCGAGACCAUGAGGACCCGGCUGGAGCGCAGUAUCCAGCUGCUCACGCUGCUGCGGGCCCUGGAAGCGCGAGACCGCAACCUGCAGGAGGGCAACCUGGAGCGGGUCAACUUCUGGUCCGCCGUCAACGUGGCCGUGCUGCUGCUGGUGGCCGUGCUGCAGGUCUGCACACUCAAGCGCUUCUUCCAGGACAAGCACCCCGUGUGCACGUAGCUCUGCCUCAGAGAACCGACUGAAAAUGGAGGGCCACGGGCCUGUGCAGCUGGGGGUGUCCCCUCCCUAGCCUCCUUUCUGCGGGAGGGGAGGCUGUUGUGGGCUGAGCGCAGUGCCCCUGGCUCGUAGGCCUGGGCCCCUUUGAGGGCCGGAGGUUGUGUACGGUGGUGCUGCUGCGGCGCUGGAGUGCGGCCCCGUGGUUCCCGCACCCCCUGCACACGUGCCUUUGUGUUUCUGCCAUCCUGGGACUGAGCCCAGGGCCUCGCACUGAGCUACAUCCUCGGCCAGUUUUUGUUUGGGACAGGAUCUUGCUAAGUUGCCCGGCUGGGUUUGAACUUGCGAGCCCCCAGCCUCACAUCCCAGGGUGCUGGGGGGACAAGCCCACGCCACCUGCGCUCACGUCUUCCAGGCGGUAUCAGCUCCGCCCUGGAGGGGCCAGGAAGCGACUGGUCCCUGCCCCUCCCCACCUGGGCUCUCUGUGCCAGGUGUCGUGGGCAGGGCGCCACUGCUCGGGGGCCCCACACCUGGCCUUCUCUCCUCGGCCAGGAAGGAGACGACAGCUGCAGCGUUCUUGCCAGGAGAGACUUUAUUUGACAGGACGGGCCCUGGCCCCUCGGCCCAGUGGGUGGCCGGCUGGGCCAGAGUUCUGGGGACAACUGCAGCAGGGCCCUGCAGGACUGUCUGCCCCUUUCCUGCAGGACCCCCAACAGGGCCAAGGGGCAGCUUGGUCACGGCCCAGGGACAGGAGCCUAAAAAAGAGGCCGGUCAGGCCUGGGUCCUGGAGUCAAUAAAUUAUGGUCAGAGA